AUGGGCCUGGGCAGCCAGUCUGAACCCGUAGGACCCAGUGCCACAGAGCCCAACUGUGAUGUGGGGUGGCCCAGAGGAAGGCGCCACUUAAUUGUGGAGCCCCAGGAAGCGUUGUAUAUCACGGUGGAGCUGGCCAUUGCCCUGCUGGCUGUCCUGGGCAACGUGCUGGUGUGUUGGGCCGUGUGGCUCAACAGCAACCUGCAGAAUGUCACCAACUACUUCGUGGCCUCACUGGCGGCGGCCGACAUUGCUGUGGGGGUGCUGGCCAUCCCGUUCGCCAUCACCAUCAGUACCGGGUUCUGCGCCGCCUGCCAUGGCUGCCUCUUCAUUGCCUGUUUCGUGCUGGUCCUCACCCAGAGCUCCAUCUUCAGCCUCCUGGCCAUUGCCAUUGACCGCUAUAUCGCCAUCCGCAUCCCCCUCCGGUACAACGGGCUGGUGACCGGCACACGAGCCAAGGGCAUCAUCGCCAUUUGCUGGGUACUGUCCUUCGCCAUCGGCCUGACCCCCAUGCUGGGCUGGAGCAAUUGUGGGCUGGAGACCAGGAACCUCUCGCAGAACUGUGGGAUGGGCCAGGUGACCUGCCUCUUCGAGGAUGUGGUGCCCAUGACCUACAUGGUGUAUUACAACUUCUUUGUCUGCGUCCUGGUACCUCUGCUGCUCAUGUUGGCUGUCUACCUGCGUAUCUUCCUGGCGGCGCGUCGGCAGCUGAAACAGAUGGAGAGCCAGCCGGCGCCGGGGGAGCGGACCCGGUCCACGCUGCAGAAGGAGGUGCAUGCCGCCAAGUCGCUGGCCAUCAUUGUGGGACUGUUUGCCCUGUGCUGGCUGCCUCUGCACGUCAUCAACUGCUUCACCUUCUUCUGCCCCAAGUGCUCCCACGCCCCGCCCUGGCUCAUGUACCUGGCCAUUGUCCUCUCCCACACCAACUCUGUGGUCAACCCCUUCAUCUACGCCUACCGUAUCCGUGAGUUCCGCCAGACCUUCCGCAAGAUCAUUCACAGCUAUGUCCUGCGGCGGCGAGACCCUUUCAAGGGUGGGGGCACCAGCGCCCGGGCUCUGGCGGCUCACAGCACCAGCGAUGCGGAACUCAGCCGUCGCCUCCACAACCAGCCCCUGGGAGUGUGGGCCAAUGGCAGCGCCUCCCAGCCAGAGCGGAGGCCCAAUGGCUACACCCUGGGGCUGGUGAGCAGAGGGGGCACCCAUGAGGACAAGGGCCUUCCUGAUGUAAACCUCGAGGCUUCGCUAGCCCAGGACGGGGCAGGCAUCUCCUGA